CUAAUAUAUUUUUAUUUCUGUUAUUUAUUUUAGGAAACACUCCUUUACAUCUUGCUGUGAUGUUGGGACAUAAAGAAUGUGCACACUUGCUUUUAGCCCAUAAUGCUCCAGUAAAGGUGAAAAAUGCUCAGGGAUGGAGCCCUCUUGCAGAAGCCAUCAGCUAUGGAGACAGACAAAUGAUUACAGCACUCCUAAGGAAGCUUAAACAGCAGUCCAGGGAAAGUGUUGAAGAAAAGCGACCUCGAUUAUUAAAAGCCCUGAAAGAGCUAGGUGACUUCUACCUAGAGCUUCACUGGGAUUUUCAAAGUUGGGUGCCUUUACUUUCCCGAAUUCUGCCUUCUGAUGCAUGUAAAAUACACAAACAAGGUAUAAAUAUCAGGCUGGACACAACUCUCAUAGACUUUACCGACAUGAAGUGCCAACGAGGGGAUUUAAGCUUCAUUUUUAACGGUGAUGCUGCACCCUCUGAAUCUUUUGUAGUUUUAGACAAUGAACAAAAAGUUUACCAGCGAAUACAUCAUGAGGAAUCUGAGAUGGAAACAGAAGAAGAGGUUGACAUUCUGAUGAGCAGUGAUAUUUACUCAGCAACAUUAUCAACCAAAUCAAUUACCUUCACACGUGCCCAAACGGGAUGGCUUUUUCGAGAAGACAAAACAGAAAGAGUGGGAAACUUUUUGGCAGAUUUCUACUUGGUUAAUGGACUUGUAUUAGAAUCAAGGAAAAGAAGAGAACAUCUCAGUGAGGAGGAUAUUCUUCGAAAUAAAGCUAUCAUGGAGAGCCUGAGUAAAGGUGGCAACUUAAUGGAACAAAAUUUUGAGCCUGUCAGACGGCAGUCACUUACUCCGCCAUCACCCAAUACAAUUACAUGGGAAGAGUACAUAUCUGCUGAAAACGGAAAAGCUCCUCAUCUGGGUAGAGAGCUGGUCUGCAAAGAAAGCAAGAAAACCUUUAAAGCCACGAUAGCUAUGAGCCAGGAAUUUCCCUUAGGAAUUGAAUCAUUGUUGAAUGUUUUAGAAGUAAUUGCACCCUUCAAGCACUUUAACAAACUUAGAGAAUUUGUUCAAAUGAAGCUUCCACCAGGCUUUCCUGUAAAAUUAGAUAUUCCUGUAUUUCCCACCAUCACAGCCACUGUGACUUUUCAGGAGUUCCGUUAUGAUGAAUUUGACGAAUCCAUCUUCACUAUUCCUGAUGACUACAAGGAAGACCCCAGCCGUUUUCCUGAUCUCUAACUAAACUGGAAGGUUAAUGGUGAAUAACAAUACCAGCGUACCACAGUGAAAGCAAAUGGAUGCAAAUAGCCCACAGAUAUAGAUAGAAAAGUGGGUCAUAAAGGAAGGGAUAAACUUAAUAAUCCAGAAGAAAAGGGAAUGUGCAUCAAAGGACUGAUGUACCGAUACUCACUAUAAUGGGCAUCUAAUCUAGUUCGUGAUUUACAGCAAGUCUCCUGAUGUGUCCUUCACACUUUUAUACAUCCAGUACUGCAAGCGUGGUAGUCUGACACCUCGAUGACCCUGAGAAUACUUAACAGCUGUGAGGACUAUCAUUCGUUUUUAAAUUUUUUACAUUUCUUGUUGAUACAAAAAGCACUCUUGGACCAUUAGCAUAAAAGUUGAAAUGUCUUAGCUGGAUAUUAGCCCUAUAAAACAUCCCGCCAUACUUAAGUUGACCAUAUAAUAUUAUUUCAAGCUUUGUUUUCAUGAAUUGUAAACUAUGUAUCAUUAUGUAUAGUUCAGUAAUUUGAAUGUUAGUUGAACGUAUAUUAGAAGGAAUGCAUUUUCUGUAGAUGAAUGAACCAAAUGGUAACCAUUAAACAAUUGCAUUUUCAUACUGCAAUACACUUCAGAAAUAGCAUUCGCUCUGCAGGGAACGAGGUACCUCCUCUAGCACCUUAGUGCAAUCCAUUGUGGUGCUAUCCAUGUCUCUCUGAUCUGCUAAUUUCUUCACUGAGCUGUUCAUUAAUCCUCCUUCUGUUGGCUCUGCGCUUAACUUCUCUUCAUCAUGCUGGCUUGGAAGUCCCUGCUGUGUCCAUGAUGCUGCUGUGAUUAGUAUGCUUGCAGGUUCAUUAGCUAGAAAUUGGCACUUUUUUCUUCUUUUUUCACGUUCACUUGGGAGACUUGCUCCGUAAUGGUUGAGCAUCAGCUAGAUUAUCUUGUAUUUGUAUUCAGCAGCCACUAGAAAACAUGGGGUGCGUAUAAACAGUUACUCGAACAACAAGCUCAAGCAUUGAGUCUUCAUGUAAGAAAAAGUUUCUCUUGAAGUUAGUUUAAUUGUAGUGCACAUUGAAUAGGGCUCACAUUGGAAGAUUUUAUUUGCAAAUGCAUAGGAUGUUUCCGGAUUAAUUUCCUUCCUCUUAAUAUUUUGAAUAGACAGGCAUUUCAGUACUCUGGCUUCUCGAGCUUAUUCUCAUUCCAGGUGGCUCCAGUCUCCUAAUUUGACAAUAAUCCAGCUUUUUGGUUUGUUAGGAAGAAUUUGUGCAAAAGGCUAAUGGUGCUAUUUGUUUGUAUUAAGAAAUUUAGAUUAAAGUGUUGUGGUGUAAUUGUACAAAAAUGUAAAUAUUUUCAAAAUUAUAUUCUUUGUGCACUGUAGUUAAAACUUUUUCUGGAAAACAAUAGAGUUAAGUAUCAAACUUUAUAAUAAAGAAUACCAUCAAUGCUUAGUAAAGGUAAUCAACCUAACUAACCAUGCAGGGAAGAAGUGGAGAGGCUUAUCAUAAGGCAAUAAAAGCUGACUUGUCAGGCACAUGGACAGAACAAGGAAACACAUGUCUGAUGCAGACGUUCUUUCAAAACUGCUGGAAUCCAUCUGUAUAAAACCCAAAGAGGCUGCUCUAGAGAAGUACGGUAUCCACUCUGUAAGUGGAGUCCUAGUGAAUCACUGUCAGCAAAGUACAGAUAAACUCCUAACAGAAAGUUGAGGUUGAUCCUCCUCCAGCAUCGCUAUAGACCUGCAAGUUUGAUGGAUGCCCGUUGCGGGGUAGAAUGUUUUGUGUAGUGCUGCUGGAUCAGGUCCUGUGCCGGGUGUGAAACUCAAGUGAGUGCAGGUGCUGUACAGGAGUACCGAGUUGCUCGGAAAUCUCAGCAGAUGUGGAAGAACGUUUCUCCAUAAGGUGAAUGUUAGAAAUCCUUUUUCUCAGUAUUACAGGGAAAGAACCAUGUGUUUUGUAUUACUUUGCAUUUUUGGUUAUUCCAAAUUACCAUCACAGAGCUUGCUGACAUAGGAAGGAGGAUACGUAGCUGGAGCUAUGUGGUUUAGGCAAUAUAGCGACUGCAAUGGACUCUUUUAAAAAAAAAAAAAAAAAAGAACAAAGAUUUUUGUGUAGCCUC